ACCUUAAGUUUUAUUACAUUUUUAACAAUGCCAAAAGGUGAAGAGAUUGAAAAGACAGCCACUCUAUGUUAAUCUAUAUAAAACGUGUACUGAAAUAACCAAAUUACGACGAACAAUGUGUUAAACAAGAAUCUAACGCAAUAUCGUUAGCCCCGACUUAAAUGACUCGAGUUAUUAUCAAUUAAGAUCCAUUAGAAGCACACAAUCCGCGGGCACAAAAAGUGAAUGCAACCGGCAGCAGCUGCAACAUCGCCGUCAGCAAUACUCGAUUGUCCAUUAGCCAUUGCGGUUGCCUCCUCUCGGCUGACUAUAGUAAACAUUUAGAUAUAAAAUCUAAUAAUAUGCCGCAUAAACCAAGAAGGAGAAGAUGUUUCCUUUCUAAAAUUCCGUUCAAAAUUAUGCUGCGCGCAGAAAAUUAAUAUCAACAACCCACUCGACUCGUUUUCUUUCGAUUUUCGUUUUGUAUCUUUUAGAUAGGAAAAAAAUCACAUUUAAAUUACGGAUUACGGAUAACCAAAAAUAAACAUUAAAACAACAAACAACACACAAAAGGCAACAGACAUCAUGGCAGCCACAACAACAGCAGCGAACAAAUCACCGCAGCAUCAGCAACACAGACGGCAGCAGCAUCUUCAGUGGAGCGCCUGCAUUAUGAUAGUCGUGUUCGGACUGUUUUCGAUGCUGACCGGGAACUGUGUCAAUGGGCAAAUCGAUGGCUACACAGCUGGCGAGGAUUACCCCGCCUAUGACGCCGUGCCAAAGGGUCUGGCCUUCAAUUGCCAGGGGCGCCAGCCGGGCUACUAUGCGGAUACAGAGACGCGUUGUCAGGUCUGGCACUGGUGCCUCCACUCGGGCCAUCAGUACUCCUUCCUCUGCCCAAAUGGAACCGUAUUCAACCAGGCCGUCAGGGUCUGCGACUGGUGGUCGAAUGUGAACUGCGAGGGAUCGGAGCAACUCUACCAGAACAACGACGAACUGUAUCGCAUCCCAGAGCGCCAGCAGCAGCUGAAUGAUGUAUGAUAUGAGGCCGAUGAUGAGUAUAAGAUUGGGACAGCAAACGGAACCAGACAGCGCGGCGGAAGACAGCGGCAAUUUCAAAAGCAACAGCAACAGCAGCAGCAGCAACAGCAGCAACAGCAGCAACAUCAAGCACUCAACAGCAACACGGCAAUCGGCGGAAUAAACAGCAGCAAUAGAAUCGUAGAUAGCAGCAACUACAGUAAAAUGACCAAAAAUAGCUUUAGAGGUAGCAUGAGAUUUACCACACCAAGUACCAAUCCCCAAUCGUCAUACUCAUCAUCACAGCAGCAGCAACAACAACAACAACAACAGAAGCAACAUCAGAAGCAACAUAAUUCUAGUAGAAAUAGCGAAAGAAAAUCAAAGCCUAGUAGCGUUAGCCAUAGAGAUAGGGAUAGCAACCAAACUAGAUCUAGGAACCGCACUCACAAUACCCUGCAAUCCGGCAAGAAGAACAACAGCAACAGCAACAGCUCGCGAGGCAAACAGCGAUAUAAUACGAAUAAGUUCGAAAACGAUGCGGAGCUCAAGGAUUACAAGAGCAAGAUCAAGAACAAAUACAAUAUCGAUUAUGAUCAUUCUUUGGAUGAAGAAUAUGAAAUAAUCGAGGCCAUCGAAUGAGUGAAAAUAGCUUUAUACUCGUUGUUCUUGAUGUUGUUGUCACAAAAAUGCGACCCCAAAUUGGCGCCCUACCACCCAAAAGUUUUGAAUGUUACCCAAAAUGUACCCGUUGUAAAUAUGUUAAAGUAUGAACACAUUCCCUUCAUUGUUAAAUAUACACAUACCCCCUUCCAUUUAAAAUUGUAAAGAAAAGUAUUGCUUGUGA